AUGGUCAAGGUCAACAACUCCGUUUCCUCCAGCCGCCGCAAGUCGCGCAAGGCGCACUUCAGCGCUCCCUCCAGCGUUCGUCGCAACAUCAUGAGCGCUCCCCUUUCCAAGGAGCUCCGUGAGAAGUACAACGUCCGCUCCAUCCCCAUCCGCAAGGACGACGAGGUCACCAUUGUCCGCGGCUCCAACAAGGACAAGGAGGGCAAGGUCACUUCCGUCUAUCGCCUCAAGUACGUCAUCCACGUCGAGCGCGUUACCCGCGACAAGGCCACCGGUGCCUCCGUCCCCGUCGGCAUCCACCCCUCCAACGUCGUCAUUACCAAGCUCAAGCUUGACAAGGACCGUGAGGCCAUCCUUGAGCGCAUCAAGCGCGGCCGUGAGCUCGCCAAGCCCACCAAGGUCUCCGCCUAA